GGUCGGUCGGUCGGUCGGUCGGUCGUCGAAGUCUGCUUUUUGCUUUCUGCCUUGUGCUUUAUGCUUUCUGCCUCUGUCACUGCCAGCGUAUUCGCCAUUUUCGCUUUGCUGUUUUCGGCUUGCGGGCCAAAAUAUUUUGUCUUUCGCCUGUCGACUUCAUUGCGGUGUUACGUGUUUCGCGUGUCAGACGCAACGAAUGGCCACGGUGCGCGGCUAAAGCGGCAAAAACAUACAAAAAUAAGAAACAAAUAAAAACAAUAAGAGAAUUGCAAAAAGCGAACGACAACAAUAAAAUAAAAUUUAUUUUAAAACAUUCAUAAAUUGUAGACUAGCAAUAGUGAAUAGCAUAAAAUAUAUAAUCCAAAGCAACAAAUUUUUGACUGGACUUGCCUUAAAGUAGCAGCUACAGCUAAAAGCUGCUGUGAAACAUUCAAAUUGUGAUUAUUAGUCAAGUUUAAGAAAAACUAGUGUACAAAUCCAAUAAACAGUUAAGAAAUCAACAGAAAACCAAACGGAAUUCAAGCAGAAGCCAAUAACAAACAAGAAUAAGAAUAAUUAUGGAGACCAUUUAAUGUGAAAGCUAAGGAAACGGUUAACGGUUAACGGUUAACGGGAGAGCCGCUCAAGAUGUCCAUGGUAUGCAGUCUGAAUGGCGAUGGCAGCCAGGCAGCAAACAGCACCAAUACAAAUGCAAACACAAACGCAAACACAGCAACAAACACAAAUUCAAAUACAAACGCAAUUGGGUCCACGGCCACGCACACAACGUUCGACUACACGCAACAGCAACAACAGCAACAACAGCAACAACAACAGCAACAACAACAACAACAACAUGAUAUGCCCAAUGCCAGCACCCCGCUGUUGCUGGGCCACGAAUCGGGCGGCCUGAGCGGCGUUGCCAACAGCGACGUUGGCAACAAUGGUAGCGGUGCAGCCAUAACGGUACUGCAGCCGCCUGUCAUCUUAGGCACAGCGAAUUUCACGGCAGCGGAGCCGGCUGCGGCGUCAGCGUCAGCGUCAGAUACAGUGGUUAGCAUGAAUAGCGGUACUUUGAAUGUGUCUGGCGUGACAUUGCCAGGCACAUUGAAUUUCGUAAUGGGCGCCACUUCCGCGCAGGCGGCGACCAACAACGACAACAACAACAAUAUGGACAAUGCGAGCGACGACUCGAACCCGGUGACCAUUUACAGGUGCCGGGCCCCGAUAGCGUCCCUCGACUGCAUGGAGGAGUUCAGUGGUACGGGCGGUCAUCUUGAUUUCGGGCGUUCGAUAAGCCUGGGCUCCAAUCCGGCGCUGCCGCUGCGGCACGGCUCGACGCCCACGCCCGGCUUGCGGUACAAGAAUCUAGGCAAGAGCGGUCUGCGUAUCUCGAACGUGGGCUUGGGCACAUGGCCAGUAUUCUCGCCGGGCGUCAGUGAUGAGCAGGCCGAGGCCAUACUAAAACUGGCCAUCGACAGCGGCAUCAAUCUGUUUGACAUCUCCGAGGCGCACUCUGAGACGGAAAUUGGCAAAAUAUUGCAGCGCACGGGUUGGAAGCGAACCACCUAUGUGAUCACAACCAAGGUGUACUGGAGCACCAAAUCCGAGGAGCGGGGCCUAUCACGCAAACACAUCAUCGAGUGCGUGCGAGCCAGUUUGCAACGUCUGCAGUUGAACUACAUCGAUAUUGUCAUCAUUCACAAGGCAGAUCCCAUGUGUCCCAUGGAAGUGGUGCGAGCCAUGAGCUAUGUCAUCCAGCAAGGCUGGGCCAUGUAUUGGGGUACCGCCAGAUGGUCUCAGGUUGAGAUAAUGGAGGCGUAUACCAACUGCCGGCAGUUUAACUGCAUAACACCGAUUGUUGAGCAGUCGGAAUACCAUAUGUUCUGUCGCGAAAAGUGUGAGCUCUACCUGCCCGAGAUGUAUAACAAAAUAGGCGUGGGUCUGAUGGCUUGGGGACCACUGUCCAUGGCAUUGAGCGAUACGCAGAAUGGGGACAAACUGUUUUUGCCCAAGGGCUCAUUUAAGACCAAGAGCUUUUCGUGGACCGAGGAUGAGAUCAAUCGCAACGCCGCACUGUCGCCGCAGGGUAGCUGGGGCAAGGAUCGGAUUGAGGAGGGGCGACGCCAUUGCGAUCGGUUGCGUGACUUGGCCGCGCUGGCCGAGAAGCUUGGCUGCAGUCCGACACAGCUAUCGAUUGCCUGGUCACUGAAGCACGAGCCCGUUCAGUGCCUUCUGUUGGGCGCCACCUCGGCGGAGCAGCUGCAUCAGAGCUUGCAAUCGUUGCAGCUAUUGCCGCGGCUGUCGUCCAGCGUAAUGCUGGAAUUGGAGCGGAUAUUGGAGAAUAAACCGGUGCGACCGCCAAUGAUAUCCACACUGGCGCUUCGGUGACAAUCAGCCUGCCCGCAGGGCCCACUCAGCCUGAGCGGCGGUGGGCCCUGCGGUGCCGAUUCGCCAAAGCAGGAGGAGGAGGCUUUCAUUGAGGAGGCGGAUGCCAAGGAGGCUGCAAAGCAGGGUUUCUGUGUUAUUCAGUGACGAAAGGAGUCCUUAGAUAAUGAUAAUAAAUUUUUGAAAGUGAUUAGCAGUAAAACUAGCCUAAGUAGCAAUACUAUGACAACAACAAUAAGCAAGCAUGAGCUGCAGCAGCAACAGCAGCAACACAAACUGCAACAUUAUCAGCAGCUAGCCAUACCAGCAGCAGCAGCAGCAUCAGCAGGAGCAGCAGCAGGAGCAGCAGCAGGAGCAGCAGCAGCAGGAACAGCAACUGAGCCGCCAAGUGGAUCCUCAGCUGAUCCAUUUGAUACGCUGAACAACAAUGAUAUUGGCAGCAACGAGGAGCGGGAAUCGACUGUUGGCCAGGCGCAGGCAAAGGGUCUGAAGCGACGCUCUUUGCUCAAUUUCAAAUCCUUCGACUUUCACAUCAAGACGCUGUACAGUGGACUGCGUGCGGGCGCACCGGCGAGUGCUGGCCACAAGUCCGAGUCCGGCUCGCAGUCGCAGUCGCAGUCGCGCUCAUCCUUGUUGGGCAUGAGUCUGGCUGUGCCAGGUGGCGCUGCAAACAGGCGCAUACCGCCGCAUCUGCGCAUCGAGGGCGUCGAUGCGGAUGAGGAGCAGGCGCAGGAGUCGAUGAAAUUAUUGCUCGAUUAUUCGCAGUCACCGUUUACGCCGCGACGCAACUCCAGCACCCAACUGCUGCACAGCGGCUCGCCGGCACUUUCGAGCACCUUGUCGCCCUACUAUCUGUCGCCAUACAUGAUAGCCGGCGGCGGCGGCGGCGGAGCAGCGUCCUCCACAGCGGUCGCCGACGACAGCAGUUCGGGCAAUAUACGCCGCUCCUCAACCUCGGAUAUUGUUGGCUGCCGACGUCGCGGCUCGCCGAGCUCAGCCAACAGCAGUCGCCGGCCGAGCACCUCGGAUUUGUUGCGACGGGCACGCGAACGACGCGGCAGCGGGGCGCGCAUGGGUCGCAGCGUUUCGCACAGUGCGAUGCGCGGCGGCGGACCAAGCGGCGGUGGCAUCGGCGGCGGGCCCAGCUGCAUGGGCGGCAGGCGCACUAGCAUGGCGUUCUAGAUAUGUAGUAUACAAGGAACGCUGCAAAUUGAUUUCAAAUCAGCUGACAAAUGGCGCUUAUGAAUUUUUACUAGUUACACACGUAGAAUCAACAACAGAAACCAAAUCUUCAAGAAUAAACAAAAAAAA